CUCCCUCGGACGGGCUCGAUUAUCGUCGACCGUUGUCGCGAACGCGCGCGUCUGUAUUAUAACACUGACGACGAUAAUAUUAUAAUAUUAUAACACCCGGCCAGACCUUUACGACCGUUCGGAAAACCGAUAUCCGUCUCGUCCGUCUUCGCCCGCGAAUACAUAAUAAUUUAAUUUGAACGUUAUAGUACAACUUAUAUCAAUCACAAGUCGUGUGUGUAUAGUGCCCGUCAUAUUAUUAUAUUAUAUUAUUUACAUAAUAUUAUACGCAGUGCAUGUGUGCUCGUCUUACGACUUACGGUGGUAAACGUACCAAUCUACAAGUUAUAAUAAUAAUAUUAUUAUAACGUACACUGCCACGGAAUGUCGGCGAAUCCCAUCCGAGGAAUCCGGCGAAAAAAAUCGUCGCUCACCGAAGUGAAGAUAGCGGUUUUGGGGGCUCCCGGCGUCGGCAAAAGCGCAUUGACCGUGCGGUUUUUAACAAAGAGAUAUAUUGGCGAAUAUGACCACCAAGCUGAAACGAGGUACAAGCAUGAAGUGAUGGUGGACAGCGAACCGAUUCUUUUUGAGAUACUAGACACCUGUCCAAAAAACGACGAAGAGUUACCUUUGAAUGACGUUUACAACUGGGCGGACGCGCUUGUGCUGGUGUUUGCUAUAACAGAUAGACGUUCGUUUAAUUACGUGCGCCGCGUAAAACAAACCAUGUUGGACACUUUCGAAAUGCCCGUGGCGCUGGUGGCCAACAAGGCAGAUAUGGUUCAUCUGAGACAAGUCAGCACGGAAGAAGGUGAAAUAUUGGCGAAAGAUUUCGAAUGUUGUUUCACUGAAGUGGCGGCCGCCGAACAAGUGGGACAGAUCGCCGAGGUGUUCCUUGAAGUUUGCAGAGAGGUGUUGAGUGUCCGGCGGAAGAACAAACAAUCUUUGCUAGACCGGAUGUUGGGCGGAAAGACGGCUGUUGUAAAGGCGUACGCCCGUGGUAAAAGCGACAGCGCUUUGCCAAAAGAAUAACUCAUUGGACAGAGCCAAUACAAUCUUCCGGAUAUAGAGUUAUAACUGCGUGGUAUAUAAUAUAUAGUAUAUACAUUAUACACAUAUCUAAGUACAUGACACAUAAUAAUAUAUACAAGGUAAUUUUUUUAUCCGCAGACAAUAUCUCGGUAAAUAGGUUAAAGGAAUUUUCAAAAGUUUAUGGACAUACUGUUUUACAAUUCCUAUGACUUAGAAACUAGAAAAAAAUAUAAUUCCUUGCAUAAUAUUAUUAGGUAUUGGAUUAACAAAAUAUAUUAUAUUGUCUGGUUCGUGACAAAAGAAUUACUCUGUACCCAUGACUAAAUAGAUCUAUCUAUUUAGUCAUGCCUGUACCUAUAUGUAAUAUAUUAUUAUGAAUACGAUAACGAAAUAUAUUAUGGUCAUAAUGUUUAUAUAUAUUAUAUACCUACAUUUGGAUACGAGCAAAAGUGGAUUUCUGCGCCGUCAACUGCAGAAACUGCAACAUAUACCCAUAUAGUACAAGUAUAUUAUAUUAUAAAUAUUAAAUUAUAAUAAAAUAGAACUAUAUUACA